UUUUUUUUUGUAGUGAUACUUUUCUAUUUUAAAUGUUUGUCUGUGGUGGAAGUUGAAUGGAUAGUAAAAUGACUAAUUACACGCCAGUAAAAAUUGCUUACAAAGAGUUUGAGCCUUCAGGAGGAAGCAAUGACAAGUUAGCACCAAUCAUUUUUCUGCAUGGUAUCACUUCUUCAAAAGAAUCAUGGAACAUUAUACCACAGAUCAUAGCUGACAAAACUAAAAGGAAAACUUACGCCUGUGAUGCAAGAAACCAUGGAGAAAGUGAAUAUACUGAACAUUUCAAUUACGACUUAAACGUUGAUGAUCUAUUUCAAUUUAUGAAUACAUUGAACAUUGAAAGAGCCGUUUUAGUUGGUCACAGUAUGGGAAGUUUCACCUCCACAAAUGCUGCGCUUAGAAAGCCUGAAAGAGUAGAAAUGAUAUUUUCGGAGGACACGUACUUAAAGAAACCUCCAAAAGAAACAAGAGAUUUUGUUAUACGCUUCACAUCAGAUUUUAGUGAUGCUGUAAAAAGUGUUCCAAAAGAUUUAAGUGAAAAAGAAGCUGUUGCAAAAGCUGUGGAAACUUUAAACAAGAUUAAUAAAGAAAUUAGGACAUAUGUGCCAGAAGAAUCUUUAAAGUCAUCGAAUUAUGUCUUGAAGAGAAGAUCAGGUGGAGGAUAUGACGUAACUUUCAAUAAAGAUUCAAUAAUUAGAGCAUUUGAAGAUCCAGAUACAUUCAUGACCAGUCCUAGUGGGCAAUUUAAUGGCCAUGCUUAUUUCAUAUAUGGGAGAGACUCGCCCAUUCGUGUUUACACACCAGUAAAAAUUGCUUACAAGGAGUUUGAGCCUUCAGGAGGAAGUAAUGACAAGUUAGCACCAGUAAUUUUUUUGCAUGGCGUCACUUCUUCAAAAGAAUCGUGGAACGUUAUACCACAGAUCAUAGCUGACAAAACUAAAAGGAAAACUUACGCCUGUGAUGCAAGAAACCAUGGAGAAAGUGAAUAUUCUGAACAUUUCAAUUUAGAUGUAAACGUUGAUGAUCUAUUUCAAUUUAUGAAUGACUUGAACAUUGAAAGAGCCGUUUUAGUUGGUCACAGUAUGGGAAGUUUCACCUCCACAAAAGCUGCGCUUAGAAAGCCUGAAAGAGUAGAAAUGAUAUUUUCGGAGGACAUGUACGUAAAGAAACUUCCAAAAGAAAUAACAGAUUCUGUUAUACGCUACGCAUCUGAUUUUUAUGAUGCUGUAAAAAGUGUUCCAAAAGAUUUAAGUGAAAAUGAAGCUCUUAUAAAAGCUGUGAAAACUUUUUGCAAGAAUAAUAAAGGGGUAUAUAGCUCAGAAGAAUCUUUAAGGGGAUCGAAUUAUGUCGUGAAGAGAAGAUCAGAUGGAGGAUAUGACGUAGCUUUCAAUAAAGAUCCAAUAAUUAGAGCAUUUGAAGAUCCAGAAACAUUAAUGACCAGUCCUAGUGGUCAAUUUAAUGGCCAUGUUUAUUUCAUAUAUGGGAGAGACUCGCCCCUUCGUGUGAGAUCUGAAGAAGAGCACAUUAAGAAUCAUUUCCCGAAAGCUGAAUUUAUUGAAUUUGAAGGAGGCUCUCACAAUCUUCACCUGGAAUAUCUGGAUAAGUUUGUUAAAACAAUUUUAGACCACUUAUAGCAAAAAUAAGAAUGUCAGAUCUUGAUAUGAACUAA